GGAAAGGCAGCCACUCUAACCGAGGCAAUGGCAGACAUUGUUGCUCCAUCUGUUCUGCCACUCAUUGUCCAACUUGCUUUGCUUCUGUAGGGGAAAAAAAAGCGCUGGAAGACACUCAGACAGAGAGGACAGAGGCGUUUGGCUGGAGUCGGAUGCUGGAGCAUCGGAUGUAGCUGCUGCUGUGGGAACUUUGGGACUUCACCUGUUUUCCAGUCUGGCUUUCAAGGAUUUGAACAUGCAGAAAUGAGCUUUAUCUACUUCCCCUUCUUCAUUGUUUGUUGAUCUUUCAAAGCCUGGCACCGAUGAGUCGAUCUUUGUGAGAGGGCAGCAGUCAACCCCGUGUGCUGGAUGUCUGGGACAGAUCCAUGGGCCAGAAGGACCAUGUGGAGGCAGCAGCAGGCCACAUCCUCGACCUGGGGCUGGAUUUGGAGUAUCUCCACGUAGCGGGGUCUGACCGGCAGGCUGGCGGCUCUGACGGGCCCCCUGCUAUGGAGGAGCAGGUGGAGAGCUCCGGCAACGGCAGCACCGCCGAUACCCCUCCACCUGCCGCGGUGGUGGAGGAAAACGCCGGAUCCGACGCAGAGUGCGAGCCGGCGCCGCCUUCCGGCACCGCCCUCGCCGCCGCGCCUGACCCGGAUGGAGGAGAGGGAGGGGUAACUCACAGCAAGAACGCGCACCAGCCGCUUUGUCGGACCCAGUGUGUGGAUUUAGGCACUGAAGGUCCUCCUGAGCCUGAACUCUCAUCAGAGUCGUCACCCAGCUCUCCAUGUAAGCACCCACCUGAGCCUCCGCCCAAUCCCUCUACAUCAGAACCGUCGCCCGAGGCUGGCGGGAAGGAGUACCAGGCGAAGCUGGAGUUCGCCCUGAAGCUGGGCUACUCCGAGGAGACGGUGCGGCUGGUGCUGACCAAGCUCGGCCCCGACACCCUCAUCAACGACAUACUGGGAGAGCUGGUCAAACUGGGCACCAAGUCAGACAGCGAGCAGCCGGCUGGAUCAUUAGCCUCUACCUCAUCUUCUUCAUCCUCCUCUUCCUCUUGUGGCUGUUCUGAUUUGCUGGACAGCCAGAGGUCGGACUCGCCGUGUCCGUCAGACUCUCUCGGCGACCAGGACAACCUGCGGCCGAUCGUGGUGGACGGCAGUAAUGUCGCCAUGAGCCAUGGCAACAAGGAAGUGUUUUCCUGCCAGGGCAUCCAGCUGGCUGUAGACUGGUUCCUAGAGCGUGGCCAUCAUGACAUCACAGUGUUUGUGCCUGCGUGGAGGAAAGAGCAGUCGCGCCCUGACGCCCCUAUAACAGAUCAGGAAAUCCUGCGUCGCCUCGAAAAGGAAAAGAUCCUGGUGUUCACUCCUUCGCGGCGUGUCCAAGGCCGGCGCGUGGUCUGCUAUGACGACCGCUUCAUCGUCAAGCUGGCCUAUGAGUCAGCCGGCAUCAUCGUCUCCAAUGACAACUACCGAGACCUGGCUAAUGAGAAGCCGGAGUGGAAGAAGUUCAUAGACGAGCGGCUGCUCAUGUAUUCCUUUGUCAACGACAAAUUCAUGCCCCCAGACGACCCUCUUGGUCGUCACGGCCCCAGCUUAGACAACUUCCUGAGGAAAAGACCUGUCAUGCCUGAGCAGAAGAAACAGCCUUGUCCAUACGGAAAGAAGUGCACUUACGGCCACAAGUGUAAGUACUACCACCCAGAAAGAGGUGCUCAGCCACAGCGUGCCGUGGCAGACGAGCUGCGGGCCAGUGCCAAGACUUGUGUCACCACAAAGAACCAGGGGGACGCCGGUUUGGUGAAGAGCCACAGUGUUCCAGCUGGCAGCAUCGAGGCGAGAAAAGGCGCCCAGAAAAGGCAGUCAGACCCGAGCAUCCGAGCUCUGUCGUACAGCGAUGCUGAGGACAAGCUGGCUAAAGGGAGGGCGGACAGCCAGAAGAGCAGUAUGUGUGGCAACAGCAGUAGCAGUGGGAGUAAAACCAUGUCUCCAGCCCCAGGAGGCCCUCCAGCUAGUUUUAGCCUUCCCCAGGACCAGCAGUCCAGAGCAGUGACCCCUCAUAGUCUACCGACUCCCAGCCACGACCUUUACCCUCACUGUGAGUCUCCAGACUUGAGCUACUACUCUGUAACGCGUGCCUACUCCGGCCUGAGCCUCUCCUCCAGACGGAGCCCGGACUGCCGCUUCCCCAACGACACGGACCUGCGGCUCGGCUCGAUGGGCUCGGCGGGCUCCGAGUGCGGCAGCGAAAGCAGCGCGAGUUGCGGGAGCAGCUGCGACUCGUACAGCGAGAGGCCGUGUCCGGGAUGCCCCCAAGACACCUUACUGGAAGACAGCGUGCAUUUUGCGAAUCCCCACAGCCGGCUGUAUCCCCACCACGCCGCGUCGAACCACGAACUAUGUGGCCUUCAUCCGGCCGAUUACACAAAUAUCCAGCACAGCCACACGUCUAAUACAGGAGUGCACAGCUACCAUAUACGCGGGCAGGGCUGUGCUCACGAUCAGCCUCCACCAGAGGCUCCCCCAAAGCGCCCUCUCUACCCAUUGCCGCCUCAUCUCCAGCACCAGCCGCUGGCCGCACGCUCCAGUUGCCCAGGCGACUACCACUCCCUGCCCCAGUCCAACCCUCACCCCCCUGGCUCUCCUCUUGGCCGCUGCCUGGCCCCCACGCGAGGAGAGAGCGUGUCCGACUCGCAUCUGUACGAACACCUCUCUACGUCGCACCAUCACCACCGGACUAAAGCUUUGCCCAGCUGGGACACAUACUACAGGCAGCCUCUGCUGCCGCCGUCAAGGUACGAGCCAUCUGCCUAUCAGAGCUUGCCAGACACACGCCAGUCAUCCUGGCACGCCCCUCCCUGGGCACAGGACGGCUACGCCCAGCACCACUCCUCCCACCCAGCUCUCCACCCAUCCCCGACGCAUUACUUAAACCACCCGCCACCUCAAGCCCACUCUCCUCACCCGCCCCAUCCAUCCAGCACUCCUCUCCCGCAGUACCCGUCUCACAGCGCUCACCUUACAGUCCACUCCCACGCUCCUCCUUCCUAUAUGGCGCAGCACCCAGAAUCCCCUGCGCACAGCCGCUACGAGGACAUGAGGGAGAAAGUGUACGUCAACCUGUGUAACAUCUUCCCCCCGGAGCUGGUGAGCCGGGUGAUGGCCAGGAGCCCCCACAUCACGGACCCCCAGCAGCUGGCAGCCGCUAUACUGUCAGAGAAGGCUCAAACAGGCUACUGAAGAACGAAGGAAAAUAAUCUCCAAUCACAGCUAUGAGUAAAAAUAGGAUAAACUGUGGUUGGUUUGCAUCAGCAGAGCAAACUGGAGUUCACCUUUUGCAACACUUGAAAGCACGUUGGGUUUGCAUGGUGGCAUUUUAAAUACUUUUUGGAUCGUCUGCAAGGAGAGCUUUUUGCUUUUCUUAUGACAUUAAUGAGACGAUGCAUAAGUUUCCAAGGAUAUAAAAAUGCUAAAGAUAAUCCAAAUCCAGCUCUGGUCACUGCGCAGCGACAACUAAACCAACGAGAGGGAGUCGAUUUGAUGAAAUCUAUGACUUUUGACACAAAGUGUGACUUGUGGAGAUUGUUCCAGACCUUUCCAUUUAGUCGUUUUUUAUUUAUUAAGUAGCUUAACAUAUGUGUCUCAUAGUGAGUUGGUAUCGCAUACAUCAAAUAUGACGGAUAUGAAGGAAUAUUUAAGCAUUUCCACCACCUUCCUGACCAGAUUGCGAUCACACAUCAUGUGCAUUAUACACUGCGCUAGCUCUCAGAGUCAAACAGUGUUUAAAAAAAUAUUCUUUUCUUUCAUGUGUGAAGCGCCACAUGGAUUUUCUUGCUUCAUAACUGUAAAGGAAAAGUGUCACAGAUUCAGUCAUGACGAUCAUUCUUAAUUUGUUAUGUGGCAAAUCCACGUCUGGUUCUCACAUCGUCACAUGACGGUUUCAAACCACUGUUUCACCAAGGUCUGUGUAUUAUAUUGAUCUCUUUGUGUGUUGUUGUGCGGGGCCAUUUGUGGGGUGCUUUUUCCAUGUUGGUAAAAAAAAUGGGUGUCUGAAAGAUGGUCGUCUUAUUUGAGAUGACGUCGGUAUUUUGGUCAGAGUUGUAGCUGUAGAGAUGGGUGACCCUGUCGUGUGUACCUUAGUUUUAGUAAGGGACAUCUCUCUCUCUCUCUCUUUCUCUCUCUAUCUCUCUCUCUCUCUCUCUCUGGCCCUUUUAUUUUGGGUCAACUCUGGUAUCUGCUACAGACAGAGAACAUCUGGACAUCAGUAAAUCCAACAUGUACGUAUUGUAAAUAUAUUUAACAGACUCCCCCGCGCUGUGCUUUUCGGCGAACAGCGUCUACUCUUGUCUGAAGCAGAUCCCAGCCGAAUCCACGCUAGACAGAGAACAACCUUGUUUGAUACAAAUUGUAUCAUUAACUAAGUCGCUGAUGUUAUACACAGUACAUGGACUCGUCGAUCCGUAUCUAUCAAAACACUCUUGAUGUAUUGCUAUAUGACGAAAUGCAUUGACAACAGUUACGUUCCGAUCGAGAUGUUCCAACUUUUAAUCUUGUGGGAAAAUUGCUUUGAGACAAUUAUUUCAGAUAUGUUAUGAAAGGAGUUGUCUGCCUACUAUGUUUAGGUAUCACAACUUCUUUAAUUUUUUUUGCGCUUUUGGGUUUUGAAGCUGGCUUAUUUUCUACAGGAGCUCCGAUUAAAUCACGUGAGAAAUGGUUUACGGGUUAAAAUGCAUAGUUGAAAACAAGUUUUUUCACAAUGAGGUUGGGGUCAGUUCAUUUUUUUUUUUUUUUUUUAAGCCUCUUUAUUAAGUCAGGAUAUCCUUUAAGUAACAUUAUAAAACGUUAUGCUUGAAAUAAUAGAGAAUUGAUGUUUUAUCAUUAACUUAUCUAUUGUUUUCUAUUAAAUCAUGAAUUGAGUGGACAGACCCCAACCAUGUUUUAAUAAGUCAAGUUUUAUAUUUGGGUCAGUCCCAUAUCCCUUGGUGGGAAUUAAAGUCCGCAGUGAGCUCGUCAUACAGUUCAUCACAAGCCAGCUACAUAAAGCCCACUGGUUUCUUUCCUGUCCGACGUGUCACAUUGUACAAAUAAUGAAAAGAAAUUGUACAAUAACACGUUGCUGUUGACGAGAGAGAACCUCUGUGUGUAUUGAAGAAGCGCCUUCUCUCCGGCCUCCUGGCACUGUGUGUCAGUGUGGCACCUGAGCGUGGGCCCAAAGUAAUGCCUCUUCAUGGCAUUGUGCUUAUGACACAUCCAAUACUCUGAACUAUGUUCAGCUAACUGUUACGCAUGUUUUGAUUUGUUUUGAUUUUCUGCAUGUUUGAUUUGUGUACAUAGCCGUGUUUUCUGUGACAUGAUUGUAGCUGUUGAGACGCCUCUAGGCUUACGUAUACACAAGACUGGCUUGUUUUUCUGCUCGUUGAUGUUUUAUUUCAUAUAUCAGUUAGUAUUGAUUUCAGCACAACACCCUCCUUUGACGUAUAAAGUCAAUAGGGAAUGUUAUUCGUUUUUCUAUAAGGCUUGACAUUUACUCCAAAGGAUCAGGAAGCAUGUUUUUUGAAUGCAUCCCACUUUUCUCCAACAUUGUUUGCUUUGGAAGUGCACUAGAUAGCGAUAAUGGAAACCAUUCUGUGCUGUAGAUAUUACAAUGCCUUACAGGCCACGACACUAAUCCAAUGAGAAUCCUCCGUUUCGAAUUAUAUUUACAUUUUUUCCAGUAGAAUAACGGUGUAACUAAUUGAUUAUUGUAACAUUCUCAACUGUAACUGUGUUUGUUCAUUAAAGAGAGUACUGCUACAAAA